AUGGUCGCGAACUCACAACGAGCCUCAUCACGGCCAUCCACGAAGUCCAAGUCCUGCUCACACACCUCCUCUGCAUCCACAUCAACUCCCAAAUCCACAUCCCGAACACCAUCGCUGGUGCAAACAAGCGCGAAGAAGGCAUAUAAGCACACUGGCAAGCCCAAGAAGACGUCCAAAUUUCGCGACCUGGAACGACGUGAGGCGCUCGACUCGCAGACCACCGCGCUCUUGGCACAAGGAGGCAUAGCCGGCAAGGACGAGGAGAGGAAGCAGGAAGAUCCCUUCUCGUACGGUCAAGCGUCGAACGCGGACAAGAGGCGCACGAGACGGCAGGUGGACGAGACUGCGGCCGCGCUGGAUCUGCUGAUGAAGUCGUGA